UUCUGUACUCAUAAAUUUGUGUCUAUAUGUUUAUGCAUAGCCAGUUCAUGAACGUAUUGAACAUAUUGGUAUGGCUAAAACAGGGGUGUUGUUAGAGGUUGAUCCAGGAGUAGUAGCCAAGGCAACUGAGUUGAAAAGAGAGAUACAGAGGCUUGUGAAGACAAUUGUUGAAGAAACUGAUGAUGAGUUGCUUAGUUUAGGAGCUAUUGAUCAGACCCAUCAGCUGCUUUCUGCAUUGAAAGAUUUGAAGUUGAGGAAAACAUUGUCUUUUAAUGUAAUGCAUCAGAAAGAAGGUGAAAAGAUUGAGUCUUUGAGUGAUUUUCCUCAGGAAUUCAGGUGCCCAAUUUCCAAGAAACUCAUGUGUGAUCCUGUUAUUGUGUCUACUGGUCAGACGUAUGACAGACGUUUUAUCCAGAAAUGGCUCAACUCAGGUAACAGGACAUGCCCUCAAACUCAGCAAGUUCUGAGUCACGCUUUUCUUACACCUAAUAGCUUAAUUCGGGAUAUGAUAUCAAAAUGGUGCAAGAGCCAUGGAAUUCAGUUGCCAGAGUCUAACCAGGACUCCAGUGAUGAUGGAUUAACAAAAUCAGACCGGGAUCAUUUCAUCUCUUUGCUUGAGAAGAUGUCUUUAUCAUUGUCAGAUCAAAAGAAAGCUGCUAGGGAAUUACGAUUGUUGACCAAGAGAUCGCCUUCAUUCCGUGCACUUUUUGGUGAAUCUGUUGAUGCCAUUCCUAAAUUACUCCAUCCUCUCUCCCAAAACAAGUCAAAAAUCGAAGCUCACUUUGAUCUCCAAGAAGACUUGAUUACUACAGUUUUGAAUCUUUCGAUCCACGACAACAACAAGAAGCUAGUUGCAGAAACACCAAUGGUUAUUCCUCUCCUCCUGGAUGCAUUGAGAUCGGGAACAAUUGAAACAAGGAGCAAUGCAGCUGCUGCUCUUUUUACAUUAUCAGCUCUCGACUCUAAUAAAUCACUUAUUGGAAAAUCCGGUGCUCUAAAACCACUCAUCGAUCUUUUAGAAGAUGGACACCCGUUAGCUAUGAGGGAUGUUGCAUCAGCCAUUUUCAACCUCUGCAUUCUUCAUGAAAAUAAAAUGAGGGCUGUGAGGGGAGGUGCAGUGAGAGUGAUCCUCAAUAAACUCUUGAAUAGGGUACGUGUGGAUGAGUUAUUAGCCAUUCUUGCCAUGCUUUCAACCAAUCAAAAGGCUGUGGAAGAAUUAGGAGAACUUGAAGCUGUUUCGUGCCUGCUUGGUAUUGCUAGAGAGAAUUCUUGUGCUCGGAACACUGAAAAUUGCGUAGCAAUUCUCCAUACUAUAUGUUUUAAUGACAGGACCAAAUGGAGGGAAAUUCGAGAAGAAGAAAAUACACAUGGUACAAUAUCUCAGAUUGCUCAAAACGGAACCUCUAGGGCCAAGAGGAAGGCUAGUGGCAUUCUUGAGAGAGUUAAUAGAGCCAUGAAUAUCACACAUACUGCAUGAUAAAUUCAGCAGUGUUCUCAUCACCAAAAUCUGUAAUUAUACAUAGUAUGGCUGUUGUCUUCAUUGCAAUUCCUCCAGGGUAUGUUGCAAUCACUCUCAACUUAAAUUUUGUAAAUUAUGUUUACUUGAGUUAUUUCGGUUACAUGUUGAUAAAGUUAUAGUCACUGUAAAUAAUUGCCAUGGAGAAUAUAGGCUUCAUCUACUGUAAGAUUGAUACUAAUGUAUUAUAUUAUCAAAUAAUUCAUGCA